GACACAGCAAAGACUCCUAAAAAUGUCCUUGGACCUUUCCCUUUGAAGCCAAUAAAACCCGCACCAGGGAGAGUCCCAAGCCGUACCAUCUCGGUGGUUGGUACCAGGCGUGCCAGAUCUGUCAGGCCGACGGGCAUUUCCCCCUCGAGAACAAGGCGGAACCCGAGGGAGAAGGGAAGAACAGUCUCCCUCCACAAGUUACAGGAACAUCGCCAUUUUAUCCUACAAGUAGAUGACUCGUAAGGGAGGAGGACACAAACACACAAUACCACUAACUGUGAAACUAGAAUCGAUAGGAGUGACAGUGCAGAUGGUGCUGAGAGGUUGUCUUUGGAUGAUGAGAGUUUAGUCCUGCAGCUAAGUGAAAAUGAAGUAGAUAGGGCUAAAGGGGAGGCAGAGAAUAGAACUAAUAGUGAGAAAGAAGCACUAAUUUUAGAAGAGGAACCAUUAAGGGAUGAGAAUGCUGAUAAAGAGUGGAAGGAAGAGAAAGGGGAAGGUACAAAUGAUAGUGAAAGAACACAGGUUGACGUUACUGAAACUGGUUUAGGAGAGGAGGAAGGGAGCAAACAUUGUAAACACAAAUUUGAAUCUGGAGAUGAGAUUGAGAAUGUACAAAGUGACAGGGACACUGAAACACCAAGUCGUUGCAAAGAAGGGUUAGUAUUAGGAGAUAGUGACUUACGUAAUAAGAGAAGAAGCAAAGGCAGUACAGGAUCAGACUUAGAAGACGAAAAAUCGAAGAAAAAGAAAAGGAAAUCAAGGAGGGAGCAAAAGUUGGAAUCCACUGAAGAAAAGGCGAAAAGAUUAAGCUUGAAGUUAAACAAGAUUUUUAAGAGGGAAAGAGAGAAACACAAGAGAGAAGCCUCAUCGCCUGACCUUCAAGUGCCACAGGGAAAAAGGCUGGGCUCAGCAGAAUCAAGAGGGAAGAAUUACACUUCAAGAUCUUCAAUAGAUGACCAAGGGAAAGCACCUACAGGAGAUAGCGAAGUGUUGAAGAAUGUGUUUUCAAGGCCAGUUUUGAAUACUUUUAGAAUUCCAAAAAAGAAGAAAGUGACUGAUGACAGUGUGGUUGAACAGAAAUCCGUUCUGGCAUCAAGAGAACACCAGAUUGCUUCAAAAAAGCCUUCAGGGUAUGCUCCUAGGACACUUGAUCAAAAAAGAGAGACCAACAGACAUAAGAAGGACAGAGACCUAAACGUGGGCAGUCAAAAUAGAAGUCAGAGGGGGAAUGAGGGAAGAAGAAGUAGUGAAUAUUCUCAAAAUGAUUGGGGAGGAGGUAGUUGCAGUCCUCCAGAUCAGGGUCAUGAUGUGGACAGUGCUUGUGAACAUAGCCCAGCACCCUAUUCACCAGGAGAGGGACAAAUCAGUGGGAAUCAGGUUGGGGAAGCAGAGAAAAAUGCUCAUGGUUUCACACUCCAACAAAUAACUAUACCUAACAACUCUGAGGUUCAAGGACCACCACCGCCACCACCACCUGUGAUUGAGUGUUGGGAGGCUUGCAGAAAAGGAAGCACUGACAGUCCAGCAAACUUAGAGUUGGGGAGUAAUGUUGUUGACCUUGAAAAGGAUAUUGAUGUGGUUGUAGACUCUAGUGACUCAGGAAGCACAACAAAAAAGUUAGCUAGUGAAGCUCCAAGAGAAGGUACUUUGACAGCUGAGCAAAGUAAUAUAGAUAGAAAACAAAUGACUAGUCUCAAAGGGGAAAUUGAACUUGGCAGCAGACCACAGCCUGGGAAAUUAGUUGCUGGUGAGUAUACUGCUGAAGGUAAAGGAGUGGAAAAUCAGUAUUCACACCUUGAUAAGAGACAGAAAACAAAAUUGUAUGAGAAGAAGAAAAAGUCGUAUUAUGAAGCCAAAAAGAAGUACUAUAAUGAAAAGGGAGAUGUUGAGAAUAAUGAGAAAAAGCAGAUGAGAUUUAAGGAGUAUGAGAAAAGAAGGGAGGAUUAUUAUAAUAUGAAAUGGUAUUUAUAUGAAGAAAAGAAGGAACACAUUGAAAGGAGAAAAGCCAGCAAAGAAAAGGAAGAAAGCAAGAUUGCCAAGGAACAGUCAAAAACUGUAUUGGAUGAGACAGACAGUGGUGUGAAAGAGGCAGAGAAUGUUAUAGAUAUGACAGAGAAUAAUUUGGAUGAGCCAGAAAAUGUUAGGAAAAAGAAAGAUGAUAUUACGAAUGAAACCGAGAAAGGAGAACCACAUGUGAACAAAGUAUAUGAGGUACAGUCUCUUGGAAAUUCUGAAGGUAAAGUAGAUGAGGUACAGUCUCUUGGAAAUUCUGAAGGUAAAGUAGAUGAAAGUGACACCGAUAAAACUCAAAAAGAUGGCGACUCGGAGAUGCCCCCACUUUUACCACCUCCUUUACCACACAAUUUAAUGGCAUUAGCUCCCCAAAAGUAGCAGCAGGGGCAUGAAUCUUUAGAGAGUAGGUUAGAGAACAUACCAAAAAUUGGGUCCACUAAUGUUUUGGCCGUGGAGAGAGAAGAAAAUUCAGACAUGGACUUAGACUCAGACAUGGAUCUUGCAACAUCAGAAUCAUCUGAUGAAGAUAAUGAUGAGUUGAAUUUGCUAGCAAGAUUUGGAGUUGAUGUAAGUAAUUUGCAUGGUGACUCCUCAACAGAACAUGAAGCUAGCAUUACACAAAACCAAGAAGUAAUAGUUUGUGAUAGUAGCUCUAGUCUGAGGAACAUUGUUCAUAAGUUAAUGGAUUGUGUCAGUAGUGAUACUGGAAAUUCAAACACUAAGAAUGUUUGUCCGAAUCCCAGUACGAUAAUUGAUUUGGCAAGCAGUCCAGAAGUUGUAAAAACGGUUGGUAGUGAAGGCACUGAAGGAGAGACUAGCCAGAAAGGAGGAGAAGAUAAUGAAUUACUGGGUCUGUCAUCUCUGCUGAAAAAAGUAGCUAAGAGAAUCCAUCCCACUCCACCACCAAAAAGUGCUUCUAAUGAACGUAUUAAGGAAACUUUGCCUUCCGUUCCUGACAAACCAAAAGAUGGUACUUCUGAUCAGCAUAUAAAGGAAAUAUUUUCUGCUGGUCCAGAAAAACCAAAGGAAAGUUCUUCUGAUCAAUAUAUUAAGGACAUUAUUUCUGCCGUUCCCAAAAAAGAUAAGGAAAAGGUAUCAAGGACUGCAAGACAAUUCCUUCCACUAGAAGAGCUGACAGACCCCAAGGGAAGUUUGGACGAGUCAAAUGACUUAGAAGUGGUGUACUCGAGAAUAUCGUUGCCUGACCCGAGGAGGGGCUCACGAGGGGAUGCCUUGCCAAGUUACUACCAACAGACUCCUUUGGGUCAAGUUGUGGUGGACAAAUCUAAAGAUAUGCCUCUCUUGGGCCUGCAAUACGUUUUGGAAGUGAGAAAGGCUGUGGAUACAACUUUGGACAAGUGUUUCUUCAUCUGUGCACUAUGUAGCAAGAAGAUGUCUUCUGAAACCCUCGUGGCCCAUAUAAACAGUGUCCCACACAAGCUUAAGUUUUCUGAAUCUCACUGUAAGGAUGUGUAUGACAUCUUUGGGAAGGUACAGUUGAAGGAAUGGACAGCAGCCUUGGUGAAAGAAUUUUCAUUGGCACUGAAAAAGGUGGAGGAGAAACAUGGACGUAAAAAAAUGGCCGUCACCACUGAGAGAGAGAUGUCUUCAGUUCUCAUGGCGCUGAAGAAGAAAAUAGUUGAAGUAGCAGCUUCAAGCCAAGCUAACCAGGAAAAGCCUGUCGAGACGGUGGAGGAAGAACCCAAGACUCAGAGUCUGCCUUCAGCGCCCCAGGAAAUUCCCCUUCCCCCAUCAGGAACAGCUGUAAAUUUGUCUACCAUUCCUGUCCCAACAAAACAAGAUCAGAACAAAAGUAGUAGUGGCAGCAGUGCGGGAGCAAAGGGAAUUGGACCCAAGAAGAUUGAGAUAAACCUGUCUAAAGUAAAGCUUGCAAGUACAACAGGGAGUGCCACCAAGAAGAAUGAGUCAGAUGCCUCAAAAGCAGAUAAACCAGAUAAACCAGAAAAUCAGGGAGAGGAAGAAGAGGAUGUCAUUGUCUUGGCAGAUGAAGCAUCAAAUGAGGGCAAGCCAGAUAAUGAUAUAUCUAAUGGAAGAAAAUUUGCCAAGCGCCACUACAACCCAGGCCUGAAUAUCCGCAGCCGAAGUCCACCAAGACCUGUCUCACCCAAGCGGAAGAGGUCGCGUUCACCGGUCCAAAGGAGAGUUCAGGGGGGAAGAUACUCUCCGAGAAGAUCGGGUAGUCCCAAGUACAGAUUUUCUCCGGGGCUCAGAAAUUCUCCAAGGAUUUCUCCAAGGCGGUCACCGAGGCGAACCCCAAGACGAUCCCCAAGGAGGUCCCGGACUCGAUCGCGUAGUCCAAGCUUCAGGCACAGAUCAGGAUCUCAAGACAGAAGCAGAAGAAUCCGUGAGGAUAAUCGUAGAGCUCGAUCUUGGUCUUCAAAUUCUUCUUCCAGUGGUAGUUCUAGAUCCCGCUCAAGAGGGCUUAACAGUCGUCGCAGGGUAGACAGUCGCCCAGAUUCACGCCAUUGGCACCAUGGGCACAAAAGAUCAAGGUCUCAAGAAAGAAGCAGAAGAAGUCGCGAGAAUAAUGGCAGAGCUCGUUCGUGGUCUUCAAAUUCUUCGUCAAGUGGUAGUUCUAGAUCUCGCUCAAGAGGGCUCAACAGUCGUCAUAGGCUUGACAGUCGCUCAGAUUCACGCCACUGGCACCAUGAGCACAAAAGCAAAGACAGACGAUCGCCAUCUGCAAGACCAAGGAACAUGUCAGAUGAGCGAAGCUCCCAAAAGCGAAAACUAGCAGAUUUCAGAGAAGCUGAAGCAAAAUUGAUUGCUAUGCAUAAGGAAUAUCAGAGAAUAUACGACCUACGGCCUGAGACACAUCCAUACUACAAUCGUGAAUGGCAAAGGUUUUGGGACAAGAGGUCUUUGGAAUUACGGGCCUCGGGUGUAGAUCCAAAAACUUAUAACUUCAAGGAAGAAUGGGUGGGCUUUUGGUUGAAAAGGAUGAAGGAGUUGGAUACGGUAAACUUCAAAACAAACAGAGAAGCUCUUCUGUGGAAGUUUAAGAUCAAAGACCCUGGUCCAAUCGAGGCAGGCAUCACUGAAGGGUGGGAAGUGUCAAAGGCUCCUGUUGAGAGAUCUAUGGAGAGGUCUCCCAGUCCGUGGGAGGAUGAGAGACUUGUUAAAAAUCCCUCUCCUACUCCUCAGGGUAGUAACCCCAGCAACCCCAACCCCAACCCCGAGCCAGCCUUCCUAGUGGACAAUCAAGAGAAAGCACCUACUGGGGAAAAGAAAUUCGAGGAGGAGUUUUCAGUUAUUGGAACACUAAGGAUGUUAAAUGAAUUGGAAGAGCAGCUUGGAUCUUUCGGUCCUGCCAUUGCAACACUUUUAGAAAAGGCCAUAGACUCGAGCCAACAAGGCGGUAAUCCCAUAGAACUCUUCAAAGAUCCAGACAACUUUGUGUUGGUGCGCUAUGCCAGAGAGAAGUUAGUUUCACAAAUUUCGGCAGGCAUUCUGAGUACGACAGCAUAUAUGCGCUCGUUGGUAGCCGUGGAGAGAGCUAUGUGGCUUCAGUCACAAGCUGAGAAAUUGAAUGAGCAAGAAAAUUAUCUGGGUUUGGAUAUCCCUACCAUUGCAAGAGCAACACAGGGGAUGGAUAAAGUACAAAUUGCACAGUAUAUUGCACAGUAUCUCUUACAAGUUGGUAAGUCUGAUGCAACAGAAGAAGAAUUACAAAAUAUUUUGAUAGCAGUGUCAACCAACCAUGCUAAACUCUUGAGUGACCAGAACCAAAUUAUAGGAAAUCAAAUUAAUUCUGUCAAAUCUCCAGUAGAAAUGCAGAGACCUCUGUCAGCAAAUGAAGGCAGUUCCAGUCAUUCAACACCUCGACCACCAGCACUCUUUCCUUCAGGUGUGUCACAGCCAGAAAGACAAGAGCCUUCUAACAAUUCUAACAAGAAGAAUGAAGAAAAUGGAGGUUUGGCAAUCCUGCAGUCCGCUUAUGAGGAUGAAGAUAAACCUAAAGACAUGGACAAGCUAUCUCUUGAAGACUUGCAGGCCCUUCUGGCAAAUUUCCGCUCUCUUAGUGGAGAUGAACAACAGGCCCUCACGUCUUACCUCAAGAAGUUGGAAGCCACAGAUAGUAAAAAGGUGACAAUGCUGCGAGAGAAGAUGCAGAAAAGUAAUAAAAAUGCUGUUAAGUCUAUAUCAAAAGUGGUAACCAAAGCCCGUGAUGGACCAGAAAGAGCUCCUUCUCAAAAUAGUGUAGAUAAACCUGCAGACAUUCCAAACAAGACUCCACCCGUCCAGCAUACCCAGUCCCUUCUUCCAGGUCAGUCCAUUAAUCAAAUUCAAACCUUCAGUAAUGAUCAGUCCUCAUCUGCAACUCUAGGACAGCUUACAAACAAUACCACAAUGAACUGUGAAAAUCCUAGUGAAACAUCCGAGACACGGGCAGCCAGCCUAGGGGAUGGUCAUCCUACAAUGUGUUCCAUUAACAACAAAGGAAACAAUCCAAGAGGACCGGACGUUAGACCACAUUAUGAGGAAGACAGGUUUAAGGCCUACCCUGGCCCACAAGAUCCACACACAGGAGAUUUUGAUCAACGCGGUUUUUCCCAACAGCAGAGACCGCCAGAACCCUACCAGCGAGACUACGGGAACCGUCUGCAUGAAGGUACAUGGUGGAACCAUGGCCCACAGAAUUUUAAUAAUCCUCAGGGUGCCCAGAAUUACGAUAGCCCAAGCAACCCGCAGCUUUACAGGAGUCCUAGUAAUCCAGAACCCUACAGAAGUCCUGCCGGUCCACAUAACUUCUCUGGGCCAAGGAGUAACCAAGGAGGUCCAUAUAGAGACCAGAAUAAUUUCCAGCAAGGGAACAUGUACAGAGGGGGCCCUCGGCAACCGCAAUUCCAAGAUCGAUGGUAGUAGUAUUUACACAGUGAACUCCAGUUUUUAAAAUUAUAUUUUGUUAUUUUUAUUUUUUUAUUUGUCAGUUUAGUGGCAGACUGUCACAGGAAUGAGUUCGAAGCGAUGGUUGUAAAAAAAAACUACUGUUACUUUAAUGAGUAUGUGAUUCUCAGGUGAAAUACGUGUUAGAUGUUUUGUUUAUUUUUAUAAUGAAUUCCCCAGGCUUCAGUCUCAGUUGUAACUUGUUCCGGGCAUUGUAGAAUAGUGCUUGAUAUUCAUUUUAUUAAAGUCAUUGAUAUGGCAUGUUUCCCUCAUGAGUAAGAUGUAUAUAUUUUUUUCAUCGGGGAGGGGGGGACAAGAUACGAAUUGAUAUAUUGUUUAUUUCUGGUUUUGAAUACAAACAGUAUAUAAAUAUAUAUAAAAAAUGUACGUUAUGUACCAUCCAUUUGUCAAUAAAAUGUAUGAUAAUGA